GGAAACCAGUCGGCGCUCACCAACUCACCCGCGUCCAUCAGUUUGUACACUGCAGUCGCGUUACUUCAUGUCAGUUCAAUCCCAGCGACUACGCAGAGAGGACGUGUCUUCGCUCGCCUGAAACUUUUCGUAACUUUAUUAUGGCGUUGCGCUGCGUACUUGCGGUGCUGGCUAUCGCCGGGAUCACCCUCGCCGAUCCAGAGACUGUCACCAAACUUAAAGUUGAAGUAGUCAGUACUCCUGAAGGCUGCACAGAAAAAUCUAAGAAUGGUGACAUGCUCACUAUGCACUACACAGGUACCCUAGACGACGGCCACAAGUUCGAUUCGAGUUUUGACCGCGAUCAGCCUUUCACUUUCCAACUCGGAGUGGGUCAAGUCAUCAAAGGAUGGGAUGAGGGUUUAGUCGACAUGUGUGUUGGUGAAAAGCGUAAACUGACCAUACCCUCCUCACUCGGAUAUGGCGAACGUGGGGCCGGUAAUGUGAUCCCACCUCACGCCACCCUCCACUUCGAAGUCGAGCUUAUCAACAUUGGUGACUCACCACCAACCACCAAUGUCUUCAAAGAAAUCGACGCUGACGCCGACAACAUGUUAUCGCGUGAAGAAGUGAGUAUAGACUUAGCGUUCCAGGCGAUGGACACUGAUGGUGACAGGGAAUUAUCUAGAGAGGAGGUCAGUGAUUACCUUAAGAAGCAAAUGGUGCCCCCAGACGGUGGUGAAAUCAGCGAGGACGUUAAGCAGAUGUUGGAGAGCCAUGACAAGCUUGUGGAGGAAAUCUUCCAACACGAGGACAAAGACAAGAAUGGUUUUAUCAGCCAUGAAGAAUUCUCUGGGCCCAAACACGACGAGCUGUAAAUUUAUUAAUACUCCUAAUUUUAUAACUAGAAUAUAAGAUGUAAUUAGAUUACCUUGUAUGUAAUUCUUAAAAUUUAUGACAGGUUUUGAAUGGCUCAAAUAUACUAAAUAAUUCAGAUAUCUCAGUUAUGAAUAUGAUAAUGAGUAGUAGCAAGGCAUAUUUAAAAACUUACAUAAAUCACACAUACGAUCCCUACCAAAAGAUUGACAAAGUACUCAACGUAUAUACUUUGUCAAACUCAUGAUGCACAUGAUAAACUAUUAUUCAUAUUUAUAUGAACAAUCUUUGUUUGAGAUCAGUUUGAAAAUUUGAGAUUUUUCACGAAAGAUAUAUUUUUAAUUACGCAAGUAUCACUUAUAAUAGGAAAAAUUGUUUGAUUUUAAAUAACUCAUAAUUCAUUCAGGUUAUAUAAAUAUUAAAUUAUAAUUAUAUAGAUAUAUCUACAAUUGUUUUAGCUAUUUGCACUGUAUAUGUUAUAUUAAGUACAUUUGAGUAUAUUCGAGUUAGACUUCAGAAAAAAACUUUAUUUGCUUAAAGUUAUUUACAGUGUGUAUUUAACGUUGUGUUUUCCUCAAUAAUUGUAGUUAAUGAAAAUAAAGUAAUAUAUAAUUA